AUGGGGAAGAAGCUGGACUUUUUAGUGGAUAUGCACAUGCAGCAUAUGGAGCAGCUACAAGUCCGAGUCACCGAGGUGUGCCCUUCCAAAGAAGCCACAUCCCCUGCAGAGGACAACCGAUAUUCUGAACUGAAAUCCAUCCUUUACAAAUACACUGAGACUUCCAUUCAUGAAAUGCCUCCAAGCUUCCACCAUGUCCCAGUGAACAAAGUUCCUCCUUUUGGAUUCUCAACACAGGACCACAGCACAGGUCCACUUUCUUUGCCACUGGGUGGGCAAAACUCUGGUCGAUGGGAGGCCAUGCCUUUCUCAGCCUCCUACACAGAAAGACCCAAUGUUUUGCCUAUCCUUGCAUUCAUGGAGCCCCAUAUUUCCCACCAGUCACCCACAGGGGACAUUCAGAGCCCCCACUCAGACAGAAUCUCCUCAAGGCAGAAACACAGCCUGACAAGAGACAGUGACACCCCCUUAUCCCUCCUCUCCGUCAACCACGAGGAACUUGAACGUUCUCCAAGUGGAUUCAGCAUCUCCCAGGACAAGGAUGAUUUUCUGUUUGGGCCAAAUGGGGGCUCCAGUUGGAUGAAAGAAAAGCGCUACCUAGCAGAGGGUGAAACAGACACCGACACGGACCCUUUCACCCCAAGUGGCUCUAUGCCUCUCUCCUCAACGGGGGAUGGGAUUUCUGAUUCUGUAUGGACCCCUUCCGGGUGGUAUGGGAAGAACUUAAGUGUCACAAUUUUCAUGGGAACUUGUAUCUUGUCAUGGAAUACAGCCAUCUCGCAUUCUGUUUCGAGAAUCCAUAAUGCACCGAAUCCUUUUCCUCCCUCCAAGACAAAAGGAGAAAAAAUGAAAGAGCAGGUGGCUGUGCUGGCAACUGCAGAGGUGCCUGUUAAGUCAGUUGAUCUGGCAGCGUUUAACCUGACAGAGCUGGUUAAUGGAAUGCUAAAUACUGUUCUCAAAGGAACCAAAAAGUUCUUCUCGGUGCUGAGUAUCACCUCCUACAGCUCCUAUGCCUUCCAUAAAGUUUCCAUCGUCCUCUACAACAUAUCCAAUCUGAAGAAUGUUGACCCCAGCAAAUUCCCCAUGAGGUACUGUUACUGUUUAAACAACCGGACAAAUGACUUAACAGAUUUCACCACUUUGCUUGUGGAUAUUGUUGGGAAUUCCACUGAUUACCUGACAGAGAUUUUCAAGUCCACCUCUAUUGUGUCAGUGAGCCAGAGUAAUGAUACAGACUGCAUCUACAUUUGUGUCAUGUCAGGCCGCAUAGGCAGAAAUCUGUCAGACUUAUGGGAAGCAAUUGAGAAAUCCCCUGUUAUUAAUUAUACUUUUUCUGGUAACGUGUCUGACCUUCUGGGAUGUCCACAGGGAGUCAAGAAAGGGAGCCCUCUGAUUACACUUUCCAGCCCAAUUCAAACACUCAAACCUUGUGUGAUGGAGCUAUGCAAAUUUUAUCAGCAGUGCUUUUGUACAAGGGACAGAAGGUACUCGAGAGAAAAACCUGCAAGGUACUGUAUGGAAAACUAUUCCUGGUUCUUGAAAAAUGCAACAUAUAUCUGUGAGAAAGUCCAAAGAACAGCCUAUUCUAAAACUUUAAAGCAGAAAUGCCUUGCAAUGAUUUGUAAAUCUAUUUAA